UUCAAACGCCUUCGUGAUAGUGAAUAAAGCGCGGGAGAUGCUUAGGUCACGUGACUAGGCAAAGUGUUAUGGCGUCAAAGGAAUCCGUCCUCAUCUUUCUUGGUGAAUGAAUGAAACUAGUGAUGGCAAGUAGUCGUGACCGGCGAAAAGUUGAUUUCUAAUCAAACGCUAAUAAUUCAAUCAUAAUUUCUCUUGAUUCAAAAGUGAGUUUACACCCAUAUUUUCGCUAUGGCCGGUUUGACAGUUGGCACUCGCGUCGCUGCCGUAUUUACCCACGUGGAAUAUUACGGCAACCAGUGUUGUGGUUAUGGUCAGCUCUGUGACAGCGCAACUGUUGAUGAUCUGGCUGAAAAAGUAGAAAUUUCAGCUGCAGAAGCACCAUACGCUUCAUCAUACAAAAAGGGUGACAUUGUUUUGGCCCUUUAUAGUGAAGAUGGGGUGUGGUAUCGAGCGAGAGUCGAGAGUGAAGACGGAGGUGUCGCUUCAGUGUUUUUUAUUGACUACGGAAAUAAAGAGAAAAUAAACAACUCUGACAUUAAAGUAGCAACAGAUGAAUUACAAACUACACAAGGGUUGGCGACAAAAUGUGAACUGGUAGACAUAUUGUCAAAUGGAAAUACAUGGACGCUCUCCGAAACGGAACAGUUGGAUGCUCAACUUGUUGGUUUCGAAUUCACUGUCGAGGUCGUGGGAUCAAGUGGGCCUAAUUCAAAUAAUGACGUGGCGUUAAGACUUUAUAGCGAUACUGGACUGUUCAAGCAUGGAAAAGAGCCAACAACAAAAAACAUAAAAUCCUCCAAUGCAAAUGAUCUUCAAAUUGGUAUGCAGUAUAAUGCAUAUGUAUCCUAUGUCGACAGUGCCAAUAAAUUUUGGAUUCAGUUGGUAGAUCAAGAAAACGAGUUGAAUGAUCUCAUGACCAACCUGGCAGACUCUGCUGCUGGUGGAGCAGAGAAACUUGAUCAUGUAUCUGCAGCGAUGCUUUGUAUGACUUUCUACAGUGAAGACCAUGCGCCUUACAGAUCAUCCAUUCUAACCGUCAACGGCAACACAAGUCUAGUUCAGUUUGUUGAUUAUGGAAAUUCAGAAUCAAAAGAUGUAUCGGAACUUUUGAAAUUGCCACAGAACUUUCACAGAUUACCAGCAAUGAGUAUAAAAUGCUGCUACAAAAGAACUAAAGUUGAUAAUAACACACUGGAAGAAAAAUUGCAGGAAUUGACAGACUCUGAUGGCGUGCUUGUACGAGUUUUGGGUCGAACAGAUGAUGUUUACAAUGUAGAAAUUGACAAAAUAGAAAAUAUUUCUGCAGUCACACCUCAGGUCAGAAGUCAACAUUUUAUUCCCAUGGAGUUGGAUAGCACCAAAGUGUAUGACAUUUGUCUAUCAUAUGUUGAACACCCUGGAAGAUUCUUCAUUCAGUUGUUAGAAAAUGGACCAGAAUUGGAUCAGAUAAUGGUAAGAGUCGCACAAGAAUUUGGCUCCAACACUGCAGUACCUUCCCUUUCAGGUGGCACUGCCUGUAUAGGACAUUUAAGUGAUGAUCAACAUUACAGGUGUGUGCUUCAGUCUGUGUCGGGAGAAAACGCUGUGGUACAUUCUGUGGACUUUGGAUUUGAGGAAAAUGUAAAAGUAAAUAGAUUACAUGCCAUGUCCCCCGUUUUACUGACUGUGCCAUGCUAUUCAACAGAGUGUACUGUGGAUGUGACCAAAACCCAAGAUAAAUUUUGGUCUACUACAGAGAUAAAAACAUUGAAAGACUUUGAAAGUAAAGUGUCAUUGGUAGCUAAAGUUACAACACGUAGAAGUAAUCUUUAUCAGCUGGACUUGUACGACACACGAGAUAGGGACGAAGACCGAUACAUUAAUGCUGAGAUGUUGGGUGUAGGCAAAUCAGCUCAAAAGGCACACGCUAUCAAAAUGGAAACGAGAAGAGCAGAACCUUCAGCAGUAACACACACUGUUGUACCAAUUCCCUCACCAGAAACCACAACUGGCAGUCAAGAAUUGCUCUGUAUCACAGCAGUCAAGACGCCUAGUAUAGUAUACGGACAACUUACAAAGACAGAUGCCAAAAAGAUUGAAUCACUUCAGAUAAAGUUGAAUCAAAAAUACGAUCAGAUGACUUCUGGAGAAAUGAUUCUUUCAGAUUGUUCUUUGGGAAGUUCGUGUAGCACACGUUACAGUGACGGGGGAUGGUACAGAGCUCUGGUUACACAGAAACACGGGAAUACCGUAUCCAUAGCAUUUGCAGAUUUUGGAGAUGAGACCAUCAAGCAGCCUUUAGAAUUAAAACAGAUGCUUCCCGAGUUUGCCGUCCUUCCUCAGCAGUGUAUUCUGUGUCAGUUGCCAAGAGUGUCGCCUUCCAUCAGCAAAGAGAUGACAGAGAAUCUCCUACUCAACAAAGUGAUAGAAGUGAAAUUAAUAUCGAGAAAAGAUGGAGCAUACCCGAUAUAUGAUGUGGAACUCACGAGCAACAUUCGGAACCAAGGGCUUGCUGGGAAACUCGAAGGAAGUUCAGUGGGUUCAAAACAACCUCCCAGGCUACCCAAAGCUGUAGCAGUAAACAAAGAUGCCAGGGUGAGGACACUGAACAGAGGAGAUGGCUAUAACUGUUUACAAGUCGACACAGGAUGUUCCCAGGAGGUGAUGGUAACUCAUGUGGUGGACCCACAACAUUUCCAUGUCCAGUUGACCAGUAUGGCCAAACAGUUAGACACCAUGAUGGACACACUGCAGGCCCAUUACGGCAGCCUGACGGAUACAGAAGGGGCCCUGGUGAACCCCAUGCUAGGACAGCCAUGUAUAGCCAAGUACACGGACGACAACAGCUGGUACAGGGCAAAGGUUUCAGGUCUACUGAAGAAUGGAUUAGCAGAGGUAACGUUCGUGGACUACGGUAACACAGAAUGCCUUCAAAGAGAGACACUGAAGACUGCCAGUCAAGAGUUCAUGGAGCUUCCCGCACAGGCCAUAUUUUGUGGCUUGUCAGGUGUGAAGGCAACUCAAGGAUUUUGGUCCCCUGAACACGUUGCCCAAUUUGAGGAUAUUGCUUUAGACCAGAACUUCACGGCUGUGUACCAGAACUACUCUGGGGAGGCAGAAGAUCUGUACACUGUGAGGUUGCAGAACCAGGCAGGUGAGGAUAUUAACCAUAAGUAUGGCACCAGUACCAACUCUAUAUGUGCUGAACAGACUGACCGCAAGGUGGCCAUGGGUAAAGGAAUGGACAUGAAAAUAGAGGUACAGGAUAAUGAGUGGAUUGACCAUGCAGGUAGUGACUCCUGCAACAAGCCAAGUGAGGGAAAUAGAUUUGGAGGCAGGUCUGGAGAUCGAGGUGGAAGCAGAGGAUUUGGUGGUGGGGAUAGAUCAGGAGGAAGUGGAUUUGGAGGAGGGGAUCGAUCGGGAGGAUUUGGCAGUGGCAACAGGUCUGGAGGAGGUAACCAGAAUCAGAAUGCUGAAGAACGAGGAUUUGGUGGUCGAUCUAGAGACAACAAUAGAGGUGGAGGUUUCGGAGGACAAAAUCGUGACCAAGAGAGAGGUGGCGGAGGAUUGGGGGGCAAAUCGAAUGACCGAGGAGGAGGUGGUGGAUUUGGAGGACAAAAUCGUGAUCAAGAAAGAAGUGGCGGAUUUGGGGGCAGAUCCAAUGACCGAGGAGGUGGCAGUGAAUUUGGAGGACAGAACCGUGAUCAGGAGAGAGGUAGUGGUGGAUUUGGGGGCAGAUCCAAUGACCGAGGAGGUGGCAGUGGAUUUGGAGGACAGAACCGUGACCAGGAGAGAGGUAGUGGUGGAUUUGGGGGCAGAUCAAAUGACCGAGGAGGAGGUGGUGGAUUUUGGAGCAGAUCAAAUGACCGAGGAGGAGGUGGUGGAUUUGGAGGUAGAUCCAAUGACCGAGGUGGUGGCAGUGGAUCUGGAGGACAGAACCGUGACCAGGAGAGAGGUAGUGGUGGAUUUGGAGGUAGAUCAAAUGACCGAGGAGGUGGCAGUGGAUUUGGAGGUAGAUCCAAUGACCGAGGUGGUGGCAGUGGAUUUGGAGGACAGAACCGUGACCAGGAGAGAGGUAGUGGUGGAUUUGGGGGCAGAUCAAAUGACCGAGGAGGAGGUGGUGGAUUCAGAGGACAGAAUCAAGAUCGUGGAGGUGGUGAUGGUGGUGGUUUUGGAGGUAAGAGAGAUGGAGGAUCAGGUCAAAAAGGGUUCUUGAGUGGGGGAUUUGGUCAAUCCCAGCAAGCUGCUAAUGAUGACUGGGAUCCUGACGUAACAACUGUGGUCCCAGAGAAACCAGCUACAACAGCCCCCAGGAGUAGGUUUAGAGGAACUAGUCAAACAAUAAACACGCCUCCAUCAUCUUCGUCGUCAGAUCAACAGUCCGAUGCAUGGUCGCGGAGAGUUGGUGGUGUCACUUUCAUUUCUCAGAAACUUAUCGCAGAUACGUCAUGCCCUGUGUACGUAGUUUAUUCCAAUAGUCCAGGGGAAUUUUGGUGCCAGAUUGUAGACAAAGCCAACGAAUUGCAAACGAUGAUGGACCAGAUGAAUGAACAUUACAAUUCUUUAUCUCCAACCAAGUCCGCUAUAGGUCAGCCAGAAAUAGGAAUGCCAUGUGUUGCCAAAUUUUCUGAGGAUGAACUGUGGUACAGGGCGGAAAUUUCAAGCUAUGAUGACAAGACUGUAGAAGUUCAGUUCAUAGACUAUGGCAACUCGGAAUCUGUGGACUUGAAAAGUGUAAAACAUAUUCAGAAAGAGUUCACUGUCCUACCUCUUCAAGCCAUUCGCUGUUGUUUGAGCGGUGUGAAAUGCUCAGAGUCGAAAUGGUCAGAAAAAGCCACAGAAGCCUUUGAAACACUAACAGCAGACAAAGAGUUGGUCUGUGCCGUUAAAAGUCAAGUUGGAGGUUCCUUCCUUGUCAAUUUAGAAGAUGCAACUGGUGAAAUAGAUGUUGCACUGAAACUUCAUGAGGCUGGAUACUGUACAUUGGCACCAGCUGGUUCAGGAAAACCACAGAAGGUGGUAGUGAAGGUACCUUUCCCAGCUAUUCCAAUCAAUGUCGGUUCCAAAAUGGACGUUUUUGUUUCUUGGAUUGAAGAUCCAUCCAUUUUCUGGAUACAACCAGUGGAAAACCAGACCAUUUUGGAGGAGUUGGCAGAAAAAGUGCAGGAGGAAUACACAUCAGGACCAUCUGCAGACAAGAAAGUGUCAAAGAUUUCUCAGGGCAUGGCUGUUGUUGCUAAGUUUUCAGAAGAUGAAGCAUGGUACCGUGCUGUGGUGGAAACGGAAGGAACGACGGCUGGUGUAAGAUUUAUCGACUAUGGCAACACCGACUCAGUUGCUAUAGACUCUUUGAGAUUACCGUCUGAAGCCCUAAUGGAGGUUCCUGCCCAAGCCAUUUACUGUAGUCUGGCAGAUGUCAAGCCCCUUCAGCCUGGAAAUUGGAAUGUGGACGCUAAAGACAUCAUGGAAAGUAUGGUAAAGGAGGAAGUGAGCUGUACGUUCAAAGAGACCAUGCCAAAUGGAUUCAUGGUGGAUAUUGUUUCUGAUGGAAUAGCUAUCGCUGAGGAGCUAGUCAGAGCCGCUGUUGUUAAAAAGGUGUCCGAGUCAUCACCAAGGAAACCAGAAUCACCUCCAAAAGAUGUACGGGUAUCCCCUGGCAGAUCAGAAGGCCCAGUCAGUCAAGGAAGUGUCAAACAGAGACUAAAUUUUGCCAGAUGUGUGACACUGGACAAAGGGUCAGUUGAGUCUGCUUAUGUAUCUCAGGUAUAUUCUCUUUCAAAGUUUUAUAUUCAACUUGCCAAACUUGCUGCUGAACUGGAAGCCUUGAUGGAAAGGCUGGAAAAGGCAUGUGGACAGAAGUCUCGUCCGUCAAUGAUUGUACCAGGUAUGGCUUGUGCUGCCAAAUUCAGUGGGGACGAGAUGUGGUAUAGAGCUACUGUGACUGAAGUCAACACAGAUGAUGCUGACGUACUAUUCAUCGACUAUGGAAAUUCUGAAGUUAUAUCCUUUGACAACAUCUGUGAAAUCUCUCAUGAUUGCCUCUCUCUGCCACCACAGGCUAUACUGUGUAGUCUUAAGAACAGUAAUGAAUUGACAGACAAUUGUGCUGUUACCAAGUUCACAGACAUGACCAUGGAUAAGGAAGUACAAGUUACGGUCUUCACUGGCUGCACUGACAGGCCUGCUGUUGUGGAUGUCUCGGUUGACAACACAGCAUCAUUGUCAGAGCUGCUUACCUCCAACUCUAGUGAAUCGUUUGGUACAGUAGAUCUCACUUUACCUGUGCAAAGCUUUCCUACAGAACUUAGCACCAAAGUGUUCACUAGCUAUGUACAUUCUCCGUCCAUGAUAUUCUUACAGCUUGCCAGUCAGGAAACUAAAUUAGAUGAGUUAAGUACAAAGUUGCAAACGGCAUAUUCAGCAAGUGCCUGUGAUAUUUCAUUGCAAGAAUUAAAGAAAGACUGUCUUUGCUGUACAAAGUAUGUCGAGGACAGUUUAUGGUACAGAGCCCAGGUGGAGGAAGUCUGUGGUGACAAAUGUCAUGUGCUGUUUGUAGACUAUGGUAACUCAGAGGAAGUUGAAACCAAUUCUCUGAAAGUUCUGACUCCUGAAUUUACAACACAGCCAGCUUUGGGAUUCAGGUGUGCACUGGACGGCCUUGUACCGAUCAAAGGGAAGUGGUCCGAGGAAGCCAUUGCUCACCUGGAGAGCUUGGUGAUGGACCAGGAACUUAAUUGCAAAUUUGUGUCAGAUACAAUUGUCUGCCUUCAAAAUGAGGACGGGGAUGUUGGUGAAGAUUUGAUAGCCCAAGGGCAUGCUAAAUUGGUAAAGGCAGAAGAGAUUAAAUUCUCGCAGCAGGAGAAACCAGAAGGCCAGGUAUCGACUUUCGUCUCUCAUGUAGAGGAUGUGUUCUAUCUGCAAUUAGGCGCUGAUGAAGAUAGGUUAGCAGAACUUUCAGAAAACCUUCAGACACUGUGUAAAAGACUCUGUACCCCACAGUCUGAUCAGGUCACAGAAGGGUUACACUGUUGUGCCAAGUUUUCUGAGGAUCAAGCCUGGUACCGGGCGACUGUUUCCAAGGUAACCGGACAGGAAGUUGCUGUACGCUUUGUUGACUUUGGCAACUGUGAUGUAGUGACGUGUGAUCAGCUGAAACUUUUAAGUGAAGAUCUACUUACACCAGGAUUGCUUGCCUAUCCAGCUGUGCUGAAGGUAGUGGGUAGGAUGACUGAGGAACAGCAGGCACUCUUCUCACGUCUGACAGAGGACCAGGAGCUGAUCACCGACUUCUUGGAGAAGACGGACGAUGGCCUGAACCAGGUGACCCUUAUGACCAGUGAGGGUAAAGAUAUUGGUCAGGAGUUCUUGACAGAUGAAGCUGCAGCUGCUGUAGACGAGGCUCUACGAGGGGACGAGUCCUUCAUAACCUUGGAUAAAACUGGUUUCGUCGAGUCCAUUCUUGAGGAUACAAAUAUCUCGUCAUCGCAAGUGGAACGUGGUCAGGAUGAAACCAAGCCUGAAGCUGACUCCUCAGAAUGUGAUAUUCAAGACCAAGCCUCAUCUAAGUCAGUCACAGACAGGCCCAGCCAUGCUGACAUCUUGUCCCCCUUGGAGGACAACUCCAUUUUAAGAGAUGAUAAAGUUGAUGGAACACAAACAGUGGCCAAUGAAUGUGGUGAUGCGUCAUCUAUAGAAGCGACAGACGACCUUGGGAAGCUGACACACAUUGUCCUUGCGGAAGGAGACCGAGUCCAGGUGACAUCUUGCCACAUCAACUCGCCAAGCUCUUUCUAUGUCCACCUGGAUAGAAACAAGGAUGCCCUAGGCAGUCUGUGUGACGAAAUGUUCAAAUUCUAUUCUGAAUACGAAGGAGCAGAUCUGAACGUAGAGUCUCCAAAAGAGGGCCAGUUGUGUGCCGUACAGUUCUCCGAGGACGAGUCCUGGUACAGGGCUAAAUUAUUGGAGGUAUUAGGAUCAGACAGGUUUAAAGUAGAGUUCCUGGACCAUGGAAACACGGAGGAAUGUUCUGGAGCUACGAUUCGGAAGCUUAUGAUACGUUUUGUUGAACUGCCUGUACAAACCAUGCACUGUACAUUAGGUGGAGUGCGAUCUGUAGAUGGCCCCUGGAGUGAGGAAGCACUUACACUUUUUACUGAACUCCUGGGGGACAAGAGCCUGUUGGCAGACAUCAUGUGUGUGAGCCCUGACGAUGCUUACAUUGUCCAGCUGUUGGACAUGGGAAUUCUACUUAGCCAGAAGUUCAUUGACGAGGGAUUUGGAGUGGAGGCAUCCACACCAACCUACGUCAGUAAGAAAACAAAACGAGUGUUUUCCGACUGCAGUCCACCAAGGCCCCUAGACCUGAGUGGUGACAUCUUACCAGACUCGGAGGAAGACAGGUAUCCAUCACUUGAACUGGUACUAUCUGAGGACUAUACCUGUUGUGUCAGCAACACGGUCUCCCCUGGAAAGUUCUGGUUGCAGCUGUCUGAAAAGCAGGACGAUUUACAGACUUUCAUGGACGGGAUUCAAGAAAAAUAUAGUAACCAGGAGAAGCCACUGGCCACAGAGCAAGUGACAUGUGGCACUCCCUGCGUGGCCCUGUACGGUGAAGAUGGUCUCUGGUACAGAGCCACAGUGUUGGCUAAAAACAAUAAGGACAUAGAAGUCAUGUUUGUGGACUACGGCAACUCAGAAACUGUGAACCUGUCUGAGCUCAGGGAAAUUCAAUCAAAGGACAUGUCGUUACCACAACAGGCAUUCUGCUGCUGUCUGAAAGGCAUAGUGCCAGAGUCGGAGUCUGAAGGUUGGGAGAAGAUCGCAUGUAGCAGACUGGAAGAACUCACAUUUGAAAAAGACUUGAAAGUGAGACUUUGUGAAUCUUUGCCUAACCGUUGUUAUAUGGUUGAGAUGAGUGACAGAGACGCUUGUAUUGCUGAUUCACUCGUACGAGGUGGCUACGCCAGGUUCUCUGAGGACAAGAGGCAGGUAACUCGGUGUGAAGAGGCUGUCAAAGCUGAACCGGUAGCAGUUUCAGCAGAUCAGCUAGUGUUGGAUGAAUCUAAGGAUGAUGACGACUUCCAUAGCGUUAAAUCAGAUACCGUAGACAAGGUAGACCUCGGACCCUUCCAACCCUCGAAGAUAAAGGAAGAUGAGAAUUAUACUGCUGUCAUACUUAAUGUCAAAUCACCAGGGUGUUUUUAUAUACUUCUCGAGGAACAGGGUGAAGAAGACAGAGCAGAGCUUGUAACCAGCAUCAAGAAAUAUGUGUCGGACCACACAGAUGAGAAUCUGUCAUCAGAGGAGACUGUCAAGGGCACUGCAUGUCUGGCACAGAUGGCGGAUGGAUUUUAUGGGCGUGCCGUCAUAACAGGGACGCGCAACCAAAAUGUGGAGGUGUAUCUGGUAGACUUGGGAGUUAGUGAGAGUGUGGACAGUGCCGUUCUGAAGCCCCUCCCCAGCAGUAUGCUGGACCUACCUGCCCAGGCAAUCCCCUGUAGUCUGGCUGACAUUCAGCCCCUAGAUGACACGGAUUGGUCCGAGGACAGCAUCAAAGGCUUUCAGUCAUUGUCGUCGGAGUGUGACCUGGUGUCCGUUUACGUUGACCCCCUUACAAAACAAGACGGCCCACUGUACAAUGUCACUGUUAACGCCAUAGGAGCCGUGUCACAGGAGAUGUUCAACAUGCAACUGGUAGAACUUGGUUUUGCCGAUUUUGUUCCGGGAUCCACUUUGGAGUCUGAGGCCAUGAUGGAUGAGACAGAAACCUCCUUCAACGAGCUGUCUUUGUUAAGAGAAAAUUCCAUUGGUAGUGAGGAUGAAACCACAGAUGUUGACACUUCGAGGAUGACGAUAGAGGAAUCGGUGCUGGAAACAACUGGUGCCUCCGACAGUUUCUCCUUCUUGUCUGGCAAACAGCUCGAUAAACUGAAAGAAAAAAUGAAAGAGGAAACAGAUGAUGAAUUCUAUGAUGCAGAAGAGAAAGACAAUGAAGGUAAAGAGGUACAAUCCAAUGAUGGAGGGCUGGAGGUACCAACUGAGAAGUCCAAUGUAGGUGACAUCAAAACUGAAGAUGAACAGGAUUCCGUGAAGGAAAAUGACGUCCACAAGGAAGAUACUAAAAAUGAAAAUACCUUGGAGGAGAGAGUACAGGAAGAAAGCAAAGAAACCUUAGAUGAGGGUGUGGAAGAAGAAAAUGUUAGCGAAAAAACAGAGGAAGAAAGUGAAAACAACGUGGAUGAGGAAGAAGGCAGCACCCAGGAAGCUACGUGUGAAUCUGUAACUGAGGAUCUUCAAAAGGUCUCUCUGGUAGGUAAUGACAAGGAGGAUACAGGAAAAAAUAGAGAUUGCUUUGAUGAUGAUGUAGAGGCAAGUGAAGAGGAAUCGGCCGAGUUAGAGAGCACUACUGAGACGGUGACUGCUGAGGAAAUAGUGUCAGAAGAAUUGCAGAAAGUAGCAGCUGCAGAUUCAGAGACCAAAGCAUCAGGAGAGGAAACCUCCAUGGAGAAACUUGAUGAAGACACGGAGGCAAACAAGUCUGAAGAUCCUAGGGAGGAAGAAGAGGAGGCAGAGGACAAUAACAGUGAGGAUGAAACUCCAAAUACUGCUGCAACUAAAAUGUCAGUUUGUGGAGAGGAACAGGACACACAGAGUGACACCGAUGAUGUAGUGACGGAGAAACAUGAUAAGUGUGAGGAUUUAGAGGGGAAAUCUAGCCUAGCAGAACUUAGUAAAGGGACGACACAGAGUGAGGAGUCGUGAAGAAUGAGGAAAGGGACGACACAGAGUGAGGAGUCGUGAAGAAUGAGGAAAGGACCAAAGUGAGUUCAAGUUCACGCUAUUGGAUUAAGAAUCUGUGUGUUUUAGGAGAAGUAUGGUUGUGUGUGCUGUUGUUUUUUGUUUUUGUUUUUUAAUGACAUGCUUUUUGAACUAACAGGAUAUAUAAUUUGAAUAGCUACCAGACAUGCCUCUCUUCUCAUGUCUGUAUGACGCUUUUUUUAAUUCUGUAUAUAAAUUGAUACCUGUUCACACCAUAUCUACUGCAGUCAACUUGUCUUCAACUAGUUUAAGAACUUUUAUAUUUAGUUUUGUAAGGUCGUAAAAAUAAAGAUUUGAUUUAUUUCUGCAUCGUUGAUACAAACCAUGUUUAAUACAAUUUUGACGACAUCUUUAUGAAAUGUUUUUGAUUGAUAAUGUUGUUUAAUUUAGGAUAAUGUUGUUCAAUUUUGUUUAUUUUGUUUGAGAGAUUUGAAGUGAAUGAUGUAGCCUCAUGUGAGACCAGGAGAUAAAAGUAGGAUUUGAGAUCAAAAGGAUUCUGUUAUUGACGUUUUAUGGAUCAUACCAGGAUAAACAAAACAGAUAUCACAUAUCCAUUUUCUCUCAUUGCAUACGAUAAAAUGUAUUACAUCAGAUUAUUUAUACAGAUUAAUACUUGGCAUCUAAAAAAGAAAAAAUAUUUAAGGAUCCAGCAUCUAAAAAAAGAAAGAAAAAUAUUUAAGGAUCCCUCUAACACUGUAGGUAAAACACUAGAGAGUUCCACUGUAGUUUUUGAAUUUGAAUAAAUUCUGCUUCAAUUCAUUUUGCCUGAUAUGACUUGCUUACUAAGAGUAACUUAGAGUUAGUUUCCAGUACAGGACCUCUAUAGGUCCUCUCCACUGGACUCGAUCGUGUAGCGCUCCAAACUUGAAGUCUGCUUUUAAAUGUCUAACCAGUUAGUUUAGCUGAGUGACAGUAUAAUGACCAGAGGUCAAGAGUUCUAGUCCUGAUCUGGCCUUGUUACAUUUUUACACUCAAAACACUUAUAAGACCUUUCUUGGUUUUUUUCCCAUCUUCAUUCAAAUUUCAUUAAAAAAGUGUUUUUUUUUUUUUAUAAUUAUGCAAGAAAAAACCUGUUGUCCAAUGUAGUUUCUAUUUUUGGCAGAGGUAAGGGAAUCCUUAAAGCUAACUUAGAUUUAUAGUAACAGGAGCAUUGAUUGUGCUGGAGAGCAGCUGUAUAAGUUUGAACACUCUAUAUACACUGGUGGUUAUACACAGACGCGCCUAGCUGUGGCUUUAGCUGUUGAUGCGACGACAUGGCAAGUUAUGCUACAGUUAAUACACUUGUAUACAACAUACAGAUGUAUACACAGACCUGUAGUCGUAUACAACAUACACAUGUAUACACAGACCUGUAGUCGCGUACCUGUAGCAUUCAUUGAGAAACCAGCAUCAACAGACUCAUGGCUAGCUAUUUAUUGGUUUGGUGGGAAUGAGUAUUUUUUAUAUUUUUCUUUUUUUUUCAUUUUUUUCAUGUAAUCUUUGGUUUCAUUUUAUUACAACUUCUGCAUAAUUUUCAUUUUUUUCAUGUAAUCUUUGGUUUCAUUUUAUUACAACUUCUGCAUAAUUUUCAUUUUUGUAUUCAAGAUUUUUGACAUUGCCAUUAAUAGCCAGUAUUGACAGUUAUUAGACAGUUAUUAGUCACAAAAGUUCUUGUCAUGUAUAGUUUAGCAAAUUUAGAUCAUAUAUUUUCAUAUACAUUCUUGAAAACAAAGGUAUUUUUAGUGCCAUGUAUACUAUAUAUUAACUUCAACAUGUUUAACUGUACUAGGGAUUUGGCAUAUAUGCAUUCGUUUAUAAUAAUAUACCAGGUAUAAAGACAUUUGUGGUGUCUUGUUCACAUAGUUACUUGUGUGCAUUUUAUUCUCACCAUCAUCAUAUAAACUUUGUAAUGCAAAUGCUGUUUGCAUUUCUGGUUUUGUUAACCUGACUAAGAACCCAGCUGUUGUUGGUUUAAUUCUACAUACUGAUCUUAAGUCUUGUUUUCACCCUUAUCUACACAUGCAAAGUGUUGUAGCAUUGCCUUGCACCAUGCUAUAUAUUAUUAUAAUUGUGCUUUCAGGAAGAAUGAAAAAGAAUGGUGUAGGAUUAUUGUUACAACCCAUAAAAAGCAUAUCAUUGGUGCAUAUGAUCAUAUUAAAUCAAAAUAAUAUUUUGGAGAAAACUGUAUCAGUUUUCUGUAUCCAUUCUGCUUUAGUUAGUAGUUCAGUACCAGUCAUCAAUGUUAUCACAAGUAUACAUACAAACUUAAUUGUGUACUAGAUAAGGAAUGUUUCUACAUAACAUUUUUGACAAUUGUGAUCUUUUCAAACUACUUCAUAUCUGGAUUUUUACAAAAACGUUUCAAAGCAUUUCUGACAGAUGUUUUUUUUGUUUUGUUUGAGUCAGUUAUUGGAAGUUAGAAGUAAUACUUGCAUAUGUGUCUUUUGUAAAUCAUGAUAAUUAUUAAGUUCUUGUACUUCAUUAUUCCAAGUUAACCCCUGUAUUACAAUAAUACAAUUCAGAUUUUAAGGGCUGAAAUUGAAUCAAGGGAAGUAUUCCAUUUUCUUCGUGGAUGGCAAGUAUGUUAGAAAAUAAGGCCAUAUAUAUCAAGAUUGUUAGAUUAUGAAGAAAUGGUAUAUCACAGGCUGUAAAUUGUGUGCGGUAUUAAAUCUUAAUUUGUCAGAUGAAUAUCAAAUAAAUCUGCACCUCAAGCAGAUCGAUACAUACAGAAACAUUCUCACCAACUACUACGUCUGCCUUUCAUCAUUCUGCUGUGUGUGCAUAUGGAGUUUGGGUACAUUGCACACGUGGGAUGGAAGUUAUAUUUGUGCAUUGUCAACCUAUAACAUAUGUGUAACGAGAGUAAUGGGGUGCAGGGUUAUGUGUUCAGUGCUGAUGGUGACAACAUACCACCCGAGACCCAACUUUUACCACUUUGUUAGUGCUACUCCCACCGUUCAGGUGCUUUUUUGUUUUGUGCCCUCAGUAAGGAAGUUUGUAUAAAGCUACGUUUGAAUCAAUUAAAAUGUUCUUGUUAAAGUA